GAAAAUGUCAACAUGCAUUGAUACCUAAUAAAUAUUCACUACUAUUAAAAUAUCUGCCUGUUACCAGAUUUCUCAUAUAUCAUACGGCCCCUACAGACUUAUGAUCAUCCAUCAUAACCGUGUUAGGACCUUAACACUGAAAUUUCAAAGCUCAGGGCUUUAGCCUUGACUCCAUUAUUACCUUCAUGGAGCGAGGUCAAGCUGCUCUUUUAGGGCAAGAAGAAAAGGAUAUUCCUAGUCACCGAUUUCCCCCACAUCCUACGAGCACGAGAAUUAUACACUUUAAAGGCGAAUACCUCUCUAUUUACAAUGAGAAAACAGAACAUCGCCAUACAUUUAAAGAGAAUAUAGCUGAAUUUACAUCCUAUGAGAUUCCUCCAGGGUAUACCUGUUAUAUUCGGGGAGCUAGUGUGUAUUUUCAAGCCUGAAUAUGUUCAUUUUGCCCGCUACAUGCAAAAGAGAUUAUUUAACUGAUCGCUUUUAUUAUGCCUACACUAUAUGGUGAACGAAACAUCUUGUGUAUC